GGCAGUUCCACAUGCAAGAUUGUAAAUAUUUGUCCUAGAGAAAUCCUAUUCACAAUCCUUGUGUUGGAGAAUUAUAAAGAAGUGUUCUAAUGAUUAAUGGCUAAGUGGUGGGUGGUCGACAUAUCUAUAUUUCCCAAUUUAUGACAUAUAUCUGCAAAUGAUCCUACAUUGCAUGUUCACAGAUUUGGAUGUUGGUCCUUUGGGUUCCUGGUUUAAGGACUUGGAUUAGUUUACUCCAGUUCAUUUGUUAAAAAAACCUGCUUCCCUUCUAGUAUGGAGUUCUCUUCAAAUUGUGCAGCAUGUAUCUUGUAGUCAUCUUACAUGGGUGAGUUUAAACGGAGGAAUGAGGCUACUUUUGGAUUUGCACAAAAGUUGUGAUGUUCAUAGAAAUGGCCAGUUUGGAUUUGCAAAUCAGUUGUAAUGUUCACAGAAAUGACCAGUUAUGUCCACAUGAGACAAUAACACAUUUAGCAUUAUCAGCAUGAUGCAUUCGCCUUCUGAAACAAGAAGUUCUGGUCCUGGAGGUAUAAUAUCAACCACUUGGUGUCCACUGCAAGAUGUAGUUGGAAACUUCCCAAACUUAAAGUUGUUGUACACAUUUUAAUCAUAGUUUUCUUUCUUGUCUUUGCAGAAGGGUCUGCACCAAAAAAAUUUGAAUACUUAUAAUGGGUGAUUAUGCUUCAUUAAUAAGUUUAUCAUUGUCACUUGCCAGUCCAAUUGAAGAGAUUUUAUGCUGUUUCUAUAAGGAGGUCUUCUAUGGGUCACAGACAAAUGAUUUUCCCACCUCAAACUUCCGAUAUGGACUGUGCAGAUAUCUGGAAUCAUCCAUACCCUGAUCCUCAUGUACAACAGGGUACUACAGCAAUUGGAGUGCAUACUGUGCCUUAUUUUGACAUUACACUGAGAUCCAACAAUCAUUCAUCAACAAACUUCAGUUUCGAGAUCCCAAAUCAUAAUAUGGGAGCUAAUCUAGGAGCUUUACAUAAUCCCUUUCCACAUCCUUCAUCUGCAAGCAGCUCUAAUCCAAUCCCAUCAAAUUACAUCCAGGGUGGGCCUUCUUGCUAUAAUGAAUUUUCAAUUAAUUCUCAGAUGGACUUUGAAAGGGCACAUUUUAAAAGGAAAAACCCAGCAAUAUCAAUGGCCUAUGGUAGAGGGAACAACUACAAUUACCAUUGUGCUGUAAAUUCACAAGGUAACCCUACAUCAGGUCCUCAAUAUUGGGCAUGGGAUCCUAAUAGCAUGCCCCCAAGUUAUGGGAACGACAAUCGGUUAACCGUCGAAGGGUCUCAUAGAAAUGUCAGAAGUCGACAGAGUGCUGCUCUUCAUUUUGGAAUCAACCAAGCUGUACCCUAUCAACAAAGCAACCUUCCUCAUAAUCUUCAUCCAGCAUCUAAUUUCUCUGGUCAAUGGGGUCAUCCUCCUCCUCUGGCUUACAACGGAAAUAUCCCUCCUUCAGGAGCUGGCAACUUCAAUAGUAGCAACACGAGUAUGGAAAUUGAUGGGGGAUACCACCAUAAUCUUCUUCAUAGUAGAAUCUCUACUCCUCCAUUGCCAAAUCUCAAUGGUCCUUACUUUGGCCACAGUAGCUAUGAUCAAAGACCACAUCCUACAACUUCAACUCAUCAAUCUGUGGGCUUUACCGCCCCUUUAGCUGACGGCAGGAGACCAGGAAUUGAAGCUGUUCCUCCUCCAAGACAGUUGAGACCAGUGUCUAUCACAGGCAGGAGCAGCGAGAGAAACGGAAGGUCAAGGGGUCUCUAUGACAGAUUCCAGCAAUUCUCAUAUGGAAAUAAUUCCCACAGUGGAUGGAUAUCUGAAGGUAGGGCUAUCUAUGAUUCGAGGAAUUUGUUUGAUCAGCAUCGUGACAUGAGACUAGACAUUGAUAACAUGAGCUAUGAGGAACUGCUAGCUUUGGAAGAGAGAAUUGGUAAUGUUAACACAGGUUUAUCUGGAGACACCAUCCCAAAGUGUUUAGUGGAGACAGCACAUUGUUCGUCGAAUCAAAUUCAGUAUGAGAAAGAAGAGAAAAACUGCAUAAUAUGCUUGGAAGUGUACAAAUACUCGGAGAAUAUAGGGAAACUUGCGUGUGGGCAUGAUUUCCAUUCAAACUGCAUCAAGACAUGGUUGUCGAUCAAGAAUGCUUGCCCAAUAUGCAAGGCCUCAGCUUUACCUGAUAAUUCAGAGGAGAAAUAAACUGUCUCUCGCUAACUAAUUGUUUCUUUUUCAGAAAAAAAAGAAAUACUGUGCUAAUUUGUAAAUAGGAUGUUUAAGCGCAGACCCAUUUCAUGGUGUAAAUUUAAACGCUGAAUUGUUUUCUUUUUUAUUUUGCCCUCGGAUACUUCUGGGUUGUGUACAAGUGUACAGUUUAUAUCUUGAUGAAGUCAGACUUAAAAGGCAUUAUAUUUUUUC